CGACCAGCGCAACAAGCCUGAGCCCCGCGUGCCUGACUCGGCGAAUGUACCGUUGUGUACACAGAAAAUGCCCGGAAAGUGACGCGAGAGGACGGCGGGACUGCUCCGUGAAGGCUUUUCUGACCGGAAAACCCGAGACUCCUGCGCCGUAUAGCUGCAAACUAGAAGCCAAACCCAGAAGAGUCCUGAUGUUGGAUAUGGGUUAAACUGUGUGGAGGACCUCUCAAAGCUGUCCCUCAAAGAUCAACUGAAACGGUGUUUGCUCCAAGGCCUCAUGGAGCUGGGGACUCAACGGCUGCUGUACACCAGGGAGCUUGAUCCAUGCCCGGUUCCCAGCAAACAACCAUAAAGGGUGGGAACCUUGAGUGCACCUUUGGUUCCUUUUCCCCGUCCCUGCCCCUAAAUUGGCCCCGUGGUGAUAUUGUCCUCUACCGCCUGUGGCCUGCAAAAUGAUUGGCAAGCUGAAACAGAACUUGCUGGUGGCGUGUCUGGUGAUCAGCUCGGUCACGGUCUUCUACCUGGGCCGCCAUGCCAUGGAGUGCCACCAUCGCAUCGAGGAGCACGGCCAGUUGGGCGCGAUGCUGCCCCUGUCGGCCCUGGGGGGCAGCAUGCGCACCACCUUACGGACCGGCCACAAUCUCAGCACGCCUUUUGUUUACAACAAAGACAUGCCGCUCAUCUUCAUCGGCGGCGUGCCCCGCAGUGGGACCACGCUGAUGCGAGCCAUGCUGGACGCCCACCCCGAAGUGCGCUGCGGCGAAGAAACCCGCGUCAUCCCUCGUAUCCUGGCCAUGAAGCAGAUGUGGAGCCGCUCGGGCAGGGAGAAGAUGCGUCUGGAUGAGGCCGGUGUGACGGACGAGGUGCUGGACGCUGCCAUGCAGGCCUUCCUGCUGGAAAUAAUUGUCAAACACGGGGAGCCCGCCAACUUUCUCUGCAACAAGGACCCGUUUGCUUUGAAGUCGCUCUCCUACCUGGCCAAGAUCUUUCCCCAUGCCAAGUUUGUCCUCAUGAUACGGGACGGCCGGGCUUCGGUCCACUCCAUGAUCUCAAGGAAGGUGACGAUCGCCGGCUUUGACCUGGGCAGCUACCGGGACUGCCUGACCAAGUGGAACCGGGCCGUAGAGACGAUGUAUACUCAGUGCCUGGAGGCAGCGGGCAAAUGCCUGCCUGUGCACUACGAACAGUUGGUCCUUCACCCUGAGAAAUGGAUGAAGACGCUGCUAAAGUUCCUCGACGUUCCUUGGAAUGAUGCCGUCCUCCACCACGAGGACCUCAUUGGGAAAGCUGGAGGAGUGUCCCUCUCCAAGGUGGAGCGGUCCACAGACCAGGUCAUCAAGCCCGUCAACGUGGAGGCGUUGUCCAAGUGGGUGGGUAAGAUCCCAGCGGAUGUUGUGAGGGACAUGGCCGUCAUCGCCCCCAUGCUGUCCAGACUGGGCUACGACCCACAUGCCAACCCUCCCAACUAUGGCCGGCCUGACCCUAAAGUCCUGGACAACACCAGAAGGGUCUUUAAAGGUGAAUUUCAGCUCCCAGAUUUCCUAAAAGAACAAUCACAGAUUCAGAAGUCUGCAGAGAGACCCAAACCCAGCUAGGAGCAGCGGGAACGUCGUCCCCUCGGCACACAGGAACCGAGGAGCGGUGGAAAUCUGGACAUUGUGUCGCCCAUCUCACCGUCUGGAAGGCCUCGGCACGUUUUAAAGGUCACUGCAGGACCGUCUCCUCACCAGAGAACUCUUGGCCUUCGAUGUUGUGCAAAUAUAGUCCUAAUAACUUCUCACAACCACAGAAUGUCUGCUGAUUGUUGUUUUUUUUCUCAUCGAUCUUUACAAAAAUAAUUUCUCGCUAUGUAGAAUACAAUCUCUGUGAUUCUGUUGUAAGAAACUGCAGUGAACCAAUAUCGCAAGAGGCAAUUAUGAAUGAUAAAAAUAGCUUUUUUUUAAGAUGCCAUACCUAUUUUAAUGUUACUUUUUUCAUGCCUUUGUAUUGUGAAACGUCAUGGGUACUGACAAUGAUAAACAUUUUUUUGGUUAAA